AUGCCGUGCGAGUCGCGAACGUCAUGCGAGGGCUGCACCUGCAAUGGUCGCGAGAAUUCCCAGCCCAUCAACAUCGAGGAUUGUCAGCAGGAAUUGCUGGCCCUGCGAAAGCGAGCCCAGGAGCUAGAAAGCACCUUGGCGGCUCUCAAGAAUGACGGCGACGGGGCAUCGAAGACGUCUUCGUCACUGGCAACAAGUCGCAAACUGCGCUCGGCGAGAUGGUUCAGCAGCGAAACCAACCCGGCCAUGAGCACCAUAUACAUCGAACGAUACCUCAAUUACGGAAUCACCCGAGAGGAGCUGACGUCAGGCAAGCCCAUCAUUGGGAUUGCUCAGUCCGGUUCCGAUUUGGCUCCUUGCAACAGGUAUCAUCUGGAGCUCGCAAAACGGGUCCGCGAGGGAAUUCGAUCUGCCGGAGGCAUUGCGUUUGAGUUUCCCAUGCAUCCGAUCCAGGAAAGCUCAAGGCGACCUACUGCGUGUCUAGACAGGAAUCUGGCGUAUCUGGGUCUCGUUGAGAUCCUAUACUCCUAUCCAUUGGACGGGGUGGUGCUUCUGACGGGAUGUGAUAAGACGACGCCUGCAUGUCUGAUGGCUGCGGCCACAGUUAACAUCCCAGCCAUAUGUCUCAAUGUCGGUCCGAUGAUCAACGGUUACGUCAAAAACGAACGGGUUGGCUCUGGAAUGGUCGUCUGGAGGGGUCGGGAACUCUUUGCUGCAGGGGAGAUUAAUCGCGAAGAAUUCAUCGACCUUGUGUCCAAAGGAGCACCGUCCGUAGGCCACUGCAACACCAUGGGAACUGCAUCAACCAUGAACGCACUCGCAGAGGCCCUUGGCAUGGCCCUUCCUGGAUCCGCUGCUAUACCUGCUCCAUACCGCGAAAGAGCACAAUGCGCCUACGAGACUGGUCAGCAGAUUGUCGAAAUGGUGCUGGCUGACCGGAAACCCAGCGACAUCAUGACCCGUGAGGCCUUUGAGAACGCCAUCGUCGUAAACACGGCUAUCGGAGGCAGUACAAAUGCGCCGAUUCACAUCAAUGCGAUUGCGAAGCACAUGGGCAUAAACAUAACCGUUGAGGAUUGGGACAAGAUUGGAUUUCAUAUUCCUCUGCUCCUCAACAUGCAGCCGGCGGGAGAACUGCUGGGAGAAGAAUAUUUCCGGGCAGGAGGCCUUCCCGCCAUCAUGGCUGAGUUGCUCGAUGCAGGGAAACUGAAUGCCGACGUCCUCACGUGCAACGGCCGGACCAUUGCAGAGAAUGUUCGCGGUAAGUAUUCAUGGGAUCGUCGGACGAUUCGUGAGUUCCGAAAUCCCAUCCUCGAGAAUGCUGGCUUCCGCCAUCUUCAAGGGAAUCUGUUCAAUUCGGCCAUUAUGAAGACUUGCGUCAUCUCGGCCGAAUUUCGGAAGAAAUUCCUUGAGAACCCCGAGGAUCCUGACGCGUUUGAGGGCGCCGUAGUCGUCUUUGAUGGACCGGAAGAUUAUAACCAGCGAAUCGAGAGCGAUUCAACUUCGGUCGAUGACAAAACCAUUCUGAUUAUGCGUGGCGCCGGUCCACUGGGCUAUCCUGGUGCAGCGGAGGUGGUGAAUAUGCACCCUCCCGGGCGUCUAUUGAGGGAAGGCGUUCAUUCCCUCCCUUGUAUCGGGGACGGAAGGCAGUCUGGAACUUCCGGCUCUCCGUCUAUCUUGAAUGCCAGUCCCGAAGCGGCAGCCGGGGGUAAUCUUGCUCUCCUGAAGGACGGUGACAGGAUUCGGGUGGACCUGAAAAAACGCCGUGUGGAUAUCUUGAUCUCCGAGGAGGAGCUGCGGAAACGGAGAGCGGAGCUGGAGUCUCAAGGAGGCUAUGAGGGGCCCGAGAGUCAGACUCCAUGGCAGGAACUGUUUAGAAGAGAGACUGACCAGCUGAGUGAGGGAAUGGUGCUGAGAGAAGCUGUCAAGUACCAGCGCAUAGCACAGCGCUGGCCCGAGCCUCGACAUAAUCAUUAG